AAAGGAAACACCGAGGAGGCUGGAAGGCUACUGGGCAGCAAGAAUGUCCGUGUCAAUUGCUUGGAUGAGCAUGGCAUGACCCCGCUCAUGCACGCAGCCUACAAAGGGAAGGUCGACAUGUGCAGGUUGCUCUUGCGACACGGAGCUGACGUGAACUGCAACGAGCACGAGCACGGAUACACUGCCCUGAUGUUCGCUGGCCUCUCAGGAAACAAAGAAAUCACCUGGAUGAUGUUAGAGGCUGGAGCAGAGACCGAUGUUGUCAACUCGGUGGGAAGGACAGCAGCUCAGAUGGCUGCUUUUGUGGGCCAACAUGACUGUGUGACUGUCAUCAACAACUUUUUUCCACGUGAGAGGCUGGACUACUAUACUAAACCACAAGGAUUAGAUAAAGAACCAAAACUGCCAGUAAAAUUAGCGGGGCCUCUGCAUAAAAUUAUUACUACUACGAACAUGCAUCCUGUCAAGAUUGUGUUGCUGGUAAAAGAGAACCCUCUAUUGGCCGAUGUAGAAGCGCUGCAGAAAUGUUACAGGGUUCUGGAUCUAAUCUGUGAGAAGUGUAUGAAGCAGAAAGAUAUGAACGAAGUACUUGCUAUGAAAAUGCACUACAUCAGUUGCAUCUUCCAGAAGUGUAUUACGUUUGUAAAAGAGCGAGAGGAUAAACUAGAUGGAUUUAUCAAAAGUCUCUUGAAAGGGAGAGAGAAAGAUGGUUUCCCUGUCUAUCAAGAGAAGCUAAUUCGAGAAAGUAUCCGGAAGUUCCCGUACUGUGAAGCUACAUUGCUCCAGCAGCUCGUGAGAAGUAUUGCUCCUGUGGAAAUAGGUUCUGACCCAACAGCUUUUUCUGUACUUACACAAGCUAUUACUGGCCAAGUGGGUUUUGUGGAUGCUGAAUUCUGUACAACUUGCGGGGGAAAGGGAGCAGACAAAAGAUGUUCAGUAUGUAAAAUGGUGAUGUACUGUGACCAGAACUGCCAGAAAAUACACUGGUUUACCCACAAAAAAGUCUGCAAGACUCUGAAGGAAAUUCAUGAGAAACAAGAACUAGAAGCUGCCAAAGAAAAAAGGAAACAAGAAAAAAAGCAAAAGAAAGAUGAAAUGCAACUAGUAGAGAACAGUUCUACAAGUGAAGAACCGUCAGAUCCUGGUCCAGAUGCUCCCAAAGAAGUGGAUCCAAAUCGUGCUGCUGACCGACCCGAAGGACCUGAACUUACCAAAGAGAUGGAGGCACUAGCCCUGCACCCUGAAAGCCCACUGCAAAGUGAGACUGGCUUAACUGACAUUGCUCUUCAAAAAAUUCAGGAUUCUGAGGAGUAA